CCGGUAACUCGCGCCGUCGACUCCCAACUUGUAUUACGUCUAGCAACAUAAUUCUUGUUCCUAUUUGGACUUUUUAUUUUUAAGAUGGCACCUCUCCAACGCAAGCUAAAUCAAUAAGAGUAAUCAAUCGUGCUAUUAAUUUUGUUGAUAUUUAUUUACUAAUAGUGACGUAACCAAUUCGCUUCCGGUGUUAAACUUGAAUCAUUUUGCGGGAAGUUUUGUUUGCCUGUGUUCAAACUCUGCUUUGAAGUUUGAACCAUAAGAUGAGUACCAGAAAAGGCAGAAGAACCAGGAAGGUGCCCGCUGCACCAGUUGGAAACCAGAAAAUCUCUUUGGAUUCUGGUAACCAAUCUUCCAUUGAUGGGGCCAGUUUUAUAAAAGGGCUACAGCAACAAAAUGGUGACUGUAUGCAUAGUACUGCCAUUGAAGAAGAUGAAAACAACCAGAUAGUAAAAAGAAGAGUGGGUAAGAACAUCACAGAGACAGUGAAAGGAUUGAAUAAAACCAGUGAGCAAGCAAAGAUGAAAAAGAAGAGCAGUUCAGCUAGUAGAAGGGCAAAUGUUUCACAGGUUGAAUCAGACUCUGACUCUAAAUUCAAAAGGAGGCCAAAUAAAGUGCUCUCCUCUGAUGAUGACACGGAUGAGGAUACAAGUUAUAGACCAAGUCCAAAGAAAGUUAAAAAAAGCAGUCUGGAGAGAAUCUCAACAAAAUUGUCCAAAGCUCACAAGGUUGUAAGGGAUCAGAAGAAAAAGGAGAAACCUAAGGGUGAAACAGAGUUAGACAUGGUGUUGGACUCUUUCCUGGAUUUCUGUGAUGAGUACAGGCAUUCUAUUGAGUCUAAUGCCGUCAAGCAGACCAUUGAUUGUUUCUCCAACAAGGUCAAGGAGCAACUCUUGGAAAAGAUUGCCUCAUUUAAGGAGCUCAAGGUUCUGAAGCGGGAAAAUGCAAAGGUGUGCGCUAAAAUCCGUACAGCUACACAGAAAUUAUUGGAUGCCAAGGAGGAGCUGAUUAGGGCAGAGAGGCAGGUCAGCUUGCUGCAAAAAGAGAAAGCUGACUUGGAACUCAGACUACAAGAUCUACAAAGAAGCCAGACUUUUCUUCGAGACAUUGUAGAACUCAACAAAGUUUAUCUUGACUACAGGAGUGCACAUCCUAAAGAGAAAGAGACUGUUUGAACACACAUUUUUGGGAUAAAAGUCAAGAAACAGGCCCACGAUGACACAUAUUCUUUUUCUUUCACUUGUAGUAUGAUGCAUCUACUUUACCAGUCCUGCUAUUGCAGGCCACGCAUGUUCAAGGAACAGAAAGCGAAGCUGAGAUGCAUAUGUAAUAAACUACAGUAAUGCAGACAUAUACUGACUUCUAUCAACAUUCAAAGUCCUAAUACAGUAUUCCUGAUAAAAAUAAAGUGUCAUUUCAACCGAGUGUUUAGUGUUUUUCCCCUUUUCACUGGAAGAAA